AUGAGACCGCUCCAGGGCUGCCGGGGACGGGGCGUCGUCGUGGGGACCGUCACCCUCUGCCUGGCCGCCGGGUGGGCUCUGCAGACUCCCGGAGGAGUAUCGUUAGUUGUCCCACAACCCAACAUCAACGCAACAGUGGCACAAAACAUCCUCCUCUCAGUUGAAUACUCUUGCAGAGGCGUCGCCACCAUUGAGUGGAAGCAUGUGUCGAGCUGGGGCACCACCAAAAUUGUUGAGUGGAAAAGUGGGAAUUAUGUCAACAUAUCCACGGUCUACAAGGGCAGAGUGACUACUUUUGAAAAUGGCUCUAUACAGCUUCUGAACGUGGGCAUGAGAGAUGCUGGCUACUAUUUUAUCACUGUAACGGAGGAGUACGGAACCAACACCUACGGCACCAUCAUAGUCAACGUUUAUGAGAUUAUCUAUGAAGAUUUACACUUUGUAGCAGUUCUCUUUGCAUUUCUUGCUGCAGUAUCUGCCAUUUUGAUCUGCUUCAUGUGGCUGUGUAAUAAAUCUCUGCAUCUAUUUCAGAAGAAGACAACACACAAAUUAACAGCAAGUACAACUGAAGAGAUUGAAUUGGACACCAUUGAGUGUUAG